AUGCAUUCUUACGUCUACUUUUUAUUCAUGUCGGAGGUGAGGCGAAAUUUCUUGAGGGCAGCUCGUUCAGGCAACUUGGAAAAGGUUCUGGAAUAUCUGCGGAACAAAACUGACAUUAACGUUUGCAAUGCUAAUGGGAUGAAUGCGUUGCACCUGGCUGCCAAGGAAGGACAUGCCACAAUCAUUUCAGAACUCGUUAACAGGGGAGCUGCUAUCAAUUCAGUAACUAAGAAAGGUAACACAGCUCUCCAUAUUGCUUCCCUGGCAGGCCAGAGAGAGGCCGUUGAGACAUUAGUGAAACUUGGAGCAAAAAUCAAUAUACAAUCUCAGGUUCGUAUUUACUCUUUCAACUUCCAUUCAGAAACUGUCAAGCACUUCAUUAUUUCCAUCUUUAAAUACCGAUUUGUUCUGCUUAAUGAUAAGCAUAAGCAUCAAGCUUAUUUAGAACAAAGAAAACUAAAAAUAUUUGAACAUUUUGUUGUUUAUGCCUGGUUGAAUUGUAACAAUGUUGUGGUUUUCAUCUUCUACUUGCUUCAUGCUCAUCCAAAAAAUAGUUUCACUAUAAAAUUAAUAUUAUUUCCGAGAGUACCUGCCAAUCAUUGA